AUGUCCAAAAAAAUCAAUGGCGGUUCUGUGGUGGAAAUGCAAGGAGAUGAAAUGACUAGAGUAAUUUGGGAACUGAUUAAGGACAAACUCAUUUUCCCGUAUGUGAAUUUGGAUUUACACAGCUAUGACUUAGGAAUGGAGAAUCGUGAUGCAACUGAUGACAAGGUCACUAUUGAAGCUGCAGAAGCUAUUAAGAAAUAUAACGUGGGUAUCAAAUGUGCUACCAUCACCCCUGACGAGAAGAGAGUUGAGGAGUUUAAAUUGAAGAAAAUGUGGAAAUCACCAAACGGGACUAUCCGAAAUAUCCUGGGUGGGACCGUUUUCAGGGAAGCAAUCAUCUGCAAAAACAUCCCCAGGCUUGUGAAUGGCUGGGUUAAACCAAUCAUUAUCGGCCGUCAUGCCUACGGGGAUCAAUAUAGAGCAACUGAUUUUGUAGUUCCCGGACCUGGAAAAGUGGAAAUAACCUAUACACCAAGUGAUGGGGGUGAACCUAUGACAUACAUGGUCCAUGAUUUUGAAGAUUGUGGUGGUGUUGCCAUGGGAAUGUACAAUCUUGACCAUUCAAUCAAGGACUUUGCACACAGUUCCUUCCAGAUGGCUCUAUCUAAAGGCUGGCCUCUGUACAUGAGUACCAAAAACACUAUCCUGAAGAAAUACGAUGGGCGUUUUAAAGACAUCUUUCAGGAAAUAUAUGACAAGCAAUACAAAUCCCAGUUUGAAGCCAAGAAGAUAUGGUAUGAACACAGACUCAUUGAUGACAUGGUAGCCCAAGCUCUGAAAUCAGAGGGAGGCUUUGUCUGGGCCUGUAAGAAUUAUGAUGGUGAUGUGCAGUCUGACUCCAUUGCACAAGGCUAUGGAUCUCUGGGAAUGAUGACUAGUGUACUGAUCUGCCCAGAUGGCAAGACAGUGGAAUCAGAGGCUGCCCAUGGUACCGUAACACGUCACUACCGCAUGCAUCAGAAAGGUCAAGAGACAUCCACUAAUCCAAUUGCCUCCAUUUUUGCCUGGACCAGAGGAUUGGCUCACCGAGCUAAACUAGAUAACAACGCAGAGCUCAGUAAAUUUGCAACAAUUUUGGAAGAAGUUUGUAUUGAGACCAUCGAAUCUGGUUUCAUGACCAAGGACUUAGCUGCCUGUAUUAAAGGUUUACCCAAUGUGCAGCGAUCUGACUACCUGAAUACAUUUGAAUUCAUGGACAAACUUGGAGAAAACCUGAAGGCCAAACUAUCUCAGGCUAAACUUUAAUAUCACAUUUCUACUCAACAAAGAAGCUGCCCCAUGGGGUAACUAGUUUCUUUGGUUUACAGUUUUCCUGUAUGACACUCAAAAUUUAAAUGAAAUCAGUUUCCAAUUUCUCUAGGCAACAAAUUAUCUUUUCUAUGAGUUUACAAUCUUUUUUAUAUGGCUCCUGUUAUUUUCAGUUUGCCUACCACAUUUAAUAUGACAAAAGACCUUUUUUACAUAGCAGUCAAAGGAUUACUUUCUUACUGAUUUUGUUGUUGUUGUUGUUGUUGUUGUUGUUAUCCUCACUGUUACUUUUCCUUAUCUCCAAAAGUAGAUGACCAAAAUCAAGAGUAUUUAAUACGAAAGGAGAAACGGCAGCCAUGGUACUGUGUUGUAAAAUCAGCUGUAAAUAAGAUCGAGCUUUCCUUCCUUCCUGGCCCAUUUCAGGAUUAGGUCACUGGAUGUCUGGUUUUAGCAGUUAUUGCAUCAUGUGAAAAGUAGACUUGUCAAAGUGAAUUUCUAUAUAAAUCAGGAAUUAAAGCAUGACUGUAAGAAAGAAAGCUUUUUUUAAAGCCUUAGAAAAGAGCUUUUCUUGAAUGUUUAGAGAUGCUUUUUUUAAAAGAACCCACAUGAGUUAGGCUAUUAGAACAAUGGUGACCUGCAGGUUGCCUUCCUUUUCUUAUGUGGUGCAAUAAGUAUUAUGCUACCAAAAAUGGCAUAUUUCACCCAGGUGCAAUAAAACAAGCUGGUUUUUUUGGACCUCUGCAGGCCUGUUUAUUUCUUUUGUAUAACUGUGAUAUUUUAGAAUUAUUGUUAAACACUAAUUUCAUGCUGGUCUUUGUCUGAACUGUAAUGUAAUUUUGAAUUAAAAUUAAGUGCUAACUAGUUAACCAUAGUCCUUAUUGUUCUGAAUCUCAAGAGUCCCAGAAAUAGAAGUGCUUUUUUAAAAAAAUGUGUUUGUCAUCAUGUUGAGAAUACACCAGUAAAGUUGUUUUCCCUGA